AUGGCUAAAAUGGAAAAGAUACAUGAUGCCGAACACAAGCACAAGAAGGUUAAGUUUGGUUUGCGUUCCGAAGACGUUCCUGCUCAAUUCCGCGAAAUGUUUAUUUGCUCUGCUUAUCGCAAACCUUACGGUUCUGCUUUGGACUGUGUCAAAAGUGCUUUUCAGCUGCGAAACGAAACCGUCAACGUUUGGACGCACUUUGUUCCGUUUCUGCUUUUUCUCGUGCGCUUCGCGUCCUUAUUUUGGAAGUACGGCAUCACCGACACUUACGCCUACCCUUUGCAGUCGUUCGCUAUUGGAAUAUGUGGAUUUUUGUUGAUGAGUUCUGGCGCUCAUCUGUUCAAUUCCAUGUCUCCUAGAGUUCGCCACAUUUGUUUCUUUUUCGAUUAUGCAGCGAUAAGCGUGUAUAGUGUUGGAGCAGGACAAGCAUUUUAUUUCUACAGUCGCUCGUUCGAUAGCAAUAAAAUGCUCUUCAGUUCUUCGACCAUUUUUCUCAGCGUUUCUUGUCUCAUCUCUGUUUUGUCAACUGUAGUUUGUUGUGCCUCUCGACACCGAUGGUCAAAGAUGAAGUACGUUACUAGAACAUUUUGCUUCGGGGUUGCCUUUCUGUGCAAUAGCGCUCCAUAUUUGCAUCGCCUUCUCGUGGAACCGUCUGCUACACUUGAAACAGAGCACGAGCAACUGGCUUUUUAG